CUGUGUCCUUACUGCAGUGCACAUCGCACGGAGAGUCGUCCGGAUUUUGUUUCCCCCUCCACGGCUUCAUUUGGAUCUAUCUAUCUGAUAUUGGAAUAUAACGCUAUAACCGUGUUCAUUCGGAGAAGGAAAUGACCAGUUUUCUAAAGCAAGAGUGCUAAAUGCUGUGCUGAGCUCUGGUGUUUGAGGAACACAACCUACAGAUGGAGUCAAGGGUUCCUCACCACAUUCCUGAAGUAUCCUCCUCCAUCAUGGUGCAACCAUUGCUGGACAGCCGCAUACCCUACGGGCGGCUCCAGCACCCAUUAACUAUCUACCCCAUUGACCAAAUGAAAUCUUUACAUCUGGAGAAUGACUACAUCGACACUCCUGCGGUGAUCUCACAACAGCCACCGAGCCACAAGGCAGCCACAAGGGGGCAAGAAGUCCUGCUGGGAGCCCCACACCAUCCUAAUUUGUCCCGCUGUGAGAUCCCAGAUGCCACCACACACCCUUGGAUUUCAUUUAGCGGUCGGCCCAGCUCAAUCAGCAGUAGCAGCAGCACCUCAUCUGACCAACGGCUGCUGGACCACGCUGCUCCACCUCCUGUUGUGGAUCCAUAUACCACUGGUGGUGGCCAUGGCAGGACCCUUGCUGCAGAGCAACCCAAGGUGGUAAGCUCCAAGACCCAGAACAUGAAGGCAGUAUCAGCUUUGCCAGUAGAGAAGAAGCACAUGCCAUUGUGCGAAAAGUGUGGUAAAUGCCGAUGCACAGAGUGCACGUUGCCGCGGACCUUGCCGUCAUGUUGGGUCUGCAACCAAGGGUGCCUGUGUUCAGUGCAGAAUCUAGUGGACUCUGUCACUUGCAUGUGUCUAGUCAAGGGUGUCUUCUACCACUGCACUGAGGAUGAGGACGAGGAAGGCUCCUGCGCUGACAAGCCAUGCUCUUGCUCAAAUUCGAACUGUUGUGCUCGAUGGUCCUUCAUGGCAGCUGUAUCAUUGGUCCUGCCUUGCCUGAUGUGCUACUUGCCUGCAACUGGUUGUGCCAAGCUUUCGCAGAAGUGCUAUGAUGGACUCAGCCGCCCAGGCUGCCACUGCAAAAGCACUCAAACCUGCAAGGCGGCAGAGGUCAAGGCCCAUCCAGUGGAAAAACAUGCAUCCUGAUGGCCAGAUAUGGAGUGUACAACAGAGAUUCAUGAGCAAAGUUUGCAGGACCCUCUACAGUAGUGACGUACUUCCCGAAAUCAUGGUACUUAAGGUUCACGCAUAACCCUCCUGCUUAAGGUAUUAUACCGUAAAUCAGUAGCAACGUUCAAACAAUGGGCACAAACCAUUAUUUUACUUGUUCGUCAAGUACUACAAAAGAGAGGCCUGUAGUUCCUUCUCCUGGGGGUUUCUCAAGAUGGCUGUGGAAUCAAGGUGUUCUGCCAUUUCAGCCCCAACUUGCUACCACAGUAUGCUGCAUUUUAGCAAAAUGUCUGUUUGAAAGAGUCCAAUCUCUUGUUCGAUGUUCAUUUUCUCUUUGGGUGGCUUUAAAAAGUCAAAGUACAUAUCACCCAAGAAGACUCUAUACUUUGACAAUCCCCCUCCGGAUCUGGAACUGAGGAAAGGUUGCCGUGAAUUCCAAGCUGAUAACACAUGUCACAAUCAAAAUAACCAGACUUCACCUCAGAGCACAGUACAUUUACAAGCUUGUUCUAGAGCUUUAUUUCCUCUUGUUUAGAUCGCAAGCAAAGGAGGUAAUUUUGUUGCAUUGAAGGAUUCCAUUGACAUCCCUAAAUACAAUGUGUACCAUUGCGAAAGACAUGAAUCAAGACCACCUAUAACCGUCACUGCUUGACAUGAUGAUUUCUAUCUUCAAUGGGGACAGAUUGUUUGACUCUUAGAUGGCAAAUAGGUGGAAAAAUUCCCUUUUGAUGACAUACAGUACAUGAACUUCCACAAUAAUUCUUCCAAAUGUUAGCAGUUCAAUUUGAUUAGAAAAUGACCUCAGGGAUCAUCAGUUCAUGGGAAUUACAUGCCGAAUGUGAAUUCAGCUUGGAAUUAGGUGGAGGCAUUAUUUAAAGAAAUCAUAAUGCAGCAUUUCAGAAACUGAGCAUUCAUAAGCUAUGAGGAGAAUUGGGUCAUUGAUUACAGGAAAAGGAAAAGCUAUAAAGUUAGCUUAUAUUGUUCUGCCGCUGAUAAACAAAACCAACUGUAUCACUAUUAUAAAUGAGGCAAAAGCACAGUAUUAUGUACAGUAGUGUGCACAAAAUGUUUCACUGUAGUUGGACAAAUUCCUCUAGUUUUAGGACGCACCAUACCACCACCAAACAUAACGUGUAUCGAACUGCUUUCUCCACAUUUAUUUUUGUUAUGUGUAUAGAGUAUUGAGAUUUUGCCAAAGGAGUGCACCAUAGAUUUAGUUGACCAUUUUUAGAAUUUGUUGUGUGCAAAUGGGCAUGCAUUGUUGUACUCCAGUGCGACAAGAAGUUCUUAAAGGUACGGUACUCUGCUUCCAAGGAUUCCUUGUCGUGGGAGCAUGAGGGAAUAUUGUCUGCCUGCUCAAUACAAACCAACAGUUCACGUAUUUAUACCUCGCUCAUGUAGUCCCACAUACUCCAAUGUUUGUACUAGUUGCACAAAUCAGAAUAAGCAAAAUACACUACUGUUCUUAGUCUUGAAUGUUUAAGGCUAGGGUUUACGUCUUUGCAAUCUAAACCAUGGAUAGGUGCCAGAGUAGUUGUGGAUGAAAAGGCUUACAUAGCUGCAUAGGGAAGAGUUGCAAAUGUAACAUAGAUAUCUUAGAGUUUUUGACCUAUGCAGGUUACACGUUCUUGUUAAUAGUGAAAACUAGCAAUCUUAAAAUAUGUUUCAAAAGUCAUGAGCAAUUGCAUGGUACAAUUUAGUUACGAUUCAGUACAAAAGUAUAUAAAUUAAUUAUUAUAUUUUUGGGAGGCCUGGGAGCGGGUGGGAGUUUGGAUUAUGUGGCUGUGGUGUAGUAUGUAGGGUGUUUAGGUAUUUCAAUUACAAGCACUUGAUUUCCAAAAGUGUGCCAGGCAAUAAAAUACCUCCUUGUUAAUGCUAGCCAUGCUUCGUUAGCACGAGAGAGGCAAGGCUAAUUCCCUGUUCCUCUGUGCCCCUGAAACUGUAGAUUUAAUUAAUUAACUGAAGGAACAGCAUUUCAUCAUGCUAACCACCUAAAUGUUGCCAAGGUAUUUUUUUUUUUUUUUUUGGAAUUGCCUCCUAAAAUGGUGCACCAUCUUCAGUGCUUGAUUGACAUAUACAGCUGCUGUGCGAAAACCUGUCUGGGAGGAACAGGGAUCUCUCUCAAGUGACAUUCCAUCUUAUUUGGUGUUGCUUUUUACCCCUCCUUCUCUUACAGUGUUAAUUUUUCACAAUCUUUUCAACUAGAGAAAAAAUACACAAAGCUGUAAAAUAAAAUCUUAAUGGUUGUUUGCAUAAUUGAACAAUCUUCCUUCUUGCUACUCAAUGCUGAGAUGUUUUCAUCAGGACGCUGUGAAUACAUCUGUUUGUGGUACAUUUUCUUGGCCACUAUAGCAACCCAAUAGAUUUAACCCACUUUAAGCUGCCUUCCAAACUGGGCUUGUAAUCUUCUGCGUUACUUUGGCUUCAUUGUUAAUGUUGAGGAUUAAAAAAAGAGCAAUGUGCUUUUGUUUUGUUUAAAAAAGGAAAAGGAAGAAAAAAAUCUCACACUUAUGAAAAUGUCCCUUUAUAGAUAUAUAUUUAUUUUGAAGUUCUAUUUUAUAUAGUAUUUAUUUAGAUGCCUACAUUUGUUUGUGAAUAAAAGCUUAUGUCAACACGGAAUGUACAUUGAAAU